GGCGGCGGCGGCGGAGGGCGCAGCAGGGGCCGCCGCGGCCGCAGCGUGGCCGGGAUGGAGCCGUGGAAGCAGUGCGGGCAGUGGCUGAUCAGCUGCAAGGUGCUGCCGCCCAACCACCGGGUCACCUGGGACACGGCCCAGGUCUUCGACCUGGCGCAGACGCUGCGCGACGGCGUGCUGCUGUGCCAGCUGCUCAACAACCUGCGCAGCCACUCCAUCAACCUCAAGGAGAUCAACUUGCGCCCGCAGAUGUCCCAGUUUCUUUGCUUGAAGAAUAUAAGGACUUUUCUUUCGGCAUGUUGCGAAAUUUUUGGGAUGAAGAAAAGUGAACUUUUUGAAGCAUUCGAUUUGUUUGACGUGAGAGACUUUGGAAAGGUGAUAGAAACACUCUCAAAACUUUCCCGCACUCCUAUUGCAAUAGGCACAGGAAUAAGGCCCUUCCCUACAGAAGAAAGUGUUGAUGAUGAAGAUGUCUACAAAUGUCUUCCUGAUUUGAUAGAUGAAACUGGUGUUGAUGAAGAUGAGGAGCUGUAUGAUUGCGUAUAUGGAGAAGAUGAAGGUGGGGAGGUUUAUGAAGACCUAAUGAAAGAUGAAGCAGCACAGCAACCUAAACAUCCUGAAAAUGAUGUAAGAAGUUGUUGUCUUGCUGAAAUAAAACAAACUGAAGAGAAAUACACUGAAACUCUGGAAUCAAUAGAGAAAUUUUUCAUGAUGCCGUUGAAAAGGUUUUUGUCAGCAUCAGAGUUUGAAACUGUUUUCAUCAACAUUCCUGAUUUGGUGAAAAUUCACAGGAGUCUAACGCAGGACAUCAGUGAUUCCAUUAUUAACAAAAGUGAUCAGAACUUGUAUCAAAUUUUUAUUAACUACAAGGAAAGAUUGGUUAUUUAUGGACAGUACUGCAGCCAAGUGGAAACAGCCAUAUCAUGCUUAGACAACAUUUCUAAGACAAAAGAAGAUGUUAAGUUGAAGUUAGAGGAAUGUUCCAAGAGGGCCAAUAAUGGGAAAUUUACUUUGCGAGAUCUUUUAGUGGUUCCAAUGCAAAGAGUGCUAAAAUACCACCUACUGCUCCAGGAGCUGGUAAAGCACACUACGGAUCCCAUGGAGAAAGCAAAUCUAAAACUGGCGCUUGAUGCAAUGAAGGACUUGGCUCAAUAUGUAAAUGAAGUGAAGAGAGAUAAUGAAACACUCCGUGAAAUUAGACAAUUUCAACUAUCAAUAGAGAAUUUGAAUCAUUCCCUCUUACAGUAUGGAAGACCUCAAGGUGAUGGGGAAAUAAGGAUAACUACGUUAGACAAACGUGCGAGGCAGGACAGGCAUAUCUUCUUGUUUGAUCUAGCUGUAAUUGUUUGCAAACGGAGAGGUGAUAAUUAUGAAAUGAAGGAAAUAAUAGAUCUUCAGAAAUACAAAAUUACAAAUAACCCCACUACUGAUAAAGAAAAUAAAAAGUGGUCUUACGGGUUCUACCUCAUUCAUAUCCAAGGUCAAAAUGGUUUAGAAGUUUAUUGCAAAACUAAAGAUUUGAAGAAAAAAUGGCUUGAACAAUUUCAGAUGGCUCUGUCAAACAUACGGCCAGAUUAUGCGGACACAAGCUUUCAUGAGUUCAAAAUGCAUACUUUCAGUCGUGUGACAUCUUGCAAAGUCUGUCAAAUGCUGCUUAGGGGAACAUUUUAUCAAGGCUAUUUAUGCUCUAAGUGUGGAGCUGGAGCACACAAAGAAUGUUUAGGAAGAUUAGACAAUUGUGGCAGAGCUAAUUCAGGUGAACAUGGGAACCUGAAGCAUGAGAAACGAACGAAUGGAAUUAGAAGAAACUCCAGACACGUGGACCCAGGUUUACCAAAAAUGCAAGUAAUUCGAAACUACAAAGGAAUACCGCAGCCAGCGCCACAGGAUGGUCCGCCACUGCAUAUCCAGAUUGGGGACACCAUUGAACUGAUUACAGGCGAUGCCCAUAGCUUAUUUUGGCAGGGCAGAAAUCUAACGACAGGAGAACUUGGAUUCUUCCCAAGUGAUGCAGUGAAGCCUAGCCCGUGUGUUCCUAAGCCAGUUGACUACUCGUCACAACUGUGGUUUGCAGGAGCAAUGGAAAGAUUGCAAGCAGAGAGCGAACUUAUUAACAGAGUAAAUAGCACUUACCUGGUGCGACACAGGACUAAAGAGUCAGGAGAAUAUGCAAUUAGUAUAAAGUACAAUAACGAAGUGAAACACAUCAAGAUUUUAACAAGAGAUGGCUACUUCCACAUUGCAGAAAAUAGAAAAUUUAAAAAUUUAAUGGAACUUGUAGAUUACUAUAAGCACCACUCUCUCAAAGAAGGCUUUCGAAGUCUGGAUACUACACUUCAAUUUCCAUACAAAGAAUCUGAAAACUCAGUGGGACAAAGGAGUAACAGAGCAGGUGGCAACUUGCUAAGUCCAAAGGUGAUAGGCAUUGCCAUCGCAAGGUAUGACUUCUGUGCAAGAGACAUGAGAGAGCUGUCCUUAUUGAAAGGCGACAUUGUUAAAAUUUAUACGAAGAUGAGUGCGAAUGGCUGGUGGAGAGGUGAAGUAAAUGGAAGGGUGGGCUGGUUUCCAUCUACUUAUGUUGAAGAAGAUGAAUGAAUUAAAAACUUUUCUCUGCUGACCAGCAGUUUCAGGGAUUGUAGAAUUUAAUAACUUCAAGCAUUAAUGGUCUAGUUAAGUACUUACGCAGCAGCAUUUUGUCUAUCUGAACCUCCUAGUCUUAAUAUUGGAAUUUAUAAAGAACUUUGUGCUAACAGAUUAUUACCUUGCCCAGAGCUGUGCAAGAAACAACCUGCCACUUUGCCGUCACUGGGGAUCAGUACAAAGUCCAGCACUCAACUUACCAGAAGGUUUCAGGAAAAUGAAUUUCUUUACUCUGUUUUUCGUUUUUUCACCCUGUAGUACACCAUGAAUAGUAGCUAUGGCUGAAUGUUUAAUAAGUCUGUUUUCUUCUAGCUAACAUCUGCAAUGGUACGAGGAGAUGAAGGCUUAUUAUUCCUUAUCGCUGUAUGCAGAAAACGUAGUUCAGUCAUUCAGGUGGGCAUAAAGUGUAGUCAGUAGACUUCUCAAAACAUCAUACUACCUUACUUAUCACCUUGUAAACAGUUUUACACUAAAAAAAAAUCAUUCUGAAGUAAACAUAAAUGUAGUAAACAUGAGUAGCAUUCAUGCAUAUGUAAUUAGUUAACUGAGUUCUUUGAGGUUCUAUCUAAAUCUUCUAACAAUUUGUUUAAAGAGCAUUUAUAAAAAGUUUGGUGACAUGAUAUUGCUUGAGAAAUCAUCUGCAAAGUGGAAUUCUGGGUUCUUUCUUUGUCUGCUCAGCUUUAUUAAUUUAGCAACUGGUCAUAGAAGUAAAACCUGAGGGUAAUUAAGGCAAGAUUCAUUUUAAAAUUUCAAGCAUUAGCAUUAAAUAAAUAUUGCAGUGCUAUUGUGGAGUAGGAUAUACCGAUGCAGGAUGAUUUCAUUUCUUGAGAACAAAAUUGUAUACCUUAAUCUCUCAGAUGAUUCAUAUGAACUUUUUGACGCUUCCAACCAUAAGCUGUUUUUCCUGGGUAGACAGGAGCUUCUGUUCCUACUUAGAUCACCUUUUGUGCUCUUAGAAGUUAAUGCAGAAGGAACUUGCAGAGUUCUGCAUGCCUGUUCCCCUCUUGUUUCCUGGGAUGUUAAUGGCAAAGCAGUGAAAGAUCUUGUUGCAGUGUUAUGAAUAUCCUCAAGUAGCAAUGGAACCAGAUUAUUUAGCUUGAAAGAUCAGUUCUCAAAGUGGCAUCUGCCCCUUGGGUGAGGCAGUGUUUUAAGGAGUUUAUGGAGUGUCAGAAGUGCUUUAAGUUAAAAGAAAUAUGGAUGAUGCCUUCAGAUUUACAGUUUGUAAUAUUUAGAUAAUUUCUAACUCAUCUUGAAAACUUCAGAGAAAGUGGAGCUCCUAAAUGCAUUUUCUUCCAGGGUAACGCUGUUCAAGAAAGUUAAUUCAUUGUAUCCCAUGUCCUUUGUUUUUCCUUGUCCCUUUUUCAUGCAAACAUCUUGCAGGUAGUGUGCAUAGAGAUGCUGCAUGAUGUAACACUUCAAUUUUUCCCCCUCUACAAGCAGCAGUCCACUGUCCAUCCACAGAGCACAAUCUAUGGUAGUACCUAUUUCAGACUUCUUAGCUACCCCUAGUGUUCUUUGCUUCUUCCUGGCCUCCUGGCCAUCGUGAAGAACCAAGCACAGCACAGAAGAUCACCGUGAUGCCCCUCCUCUCUGCAGCCAUCCUGUCCAUCUGUUACACCUAGCACGUGCUGUUAUGUGACCAGGUAAAAGUGAGGAUCUCCUAAUUAGAAAUCCUCCACUUGUCCGAUUCAGCCUUGCAGAUGAAACUCUGCUGAUGUUCUUAACUUUUCAAGGAUUUACCUCAAAAUUAUGUGAACUGUGAUUAUGUUAAGUACAUUGCUUGCUGGAACAAUUCAGAGUGUUUGUAAAUAUGUACAUUAUGCAUAAAACAUUUUGUAAAUGACCUGUACAGCACUGUAGACUGGGAUAUACUGUCUUUGACCAUGUUUUGCCAUGCAGUUUUACUGUCUAUUGUGAGCCUGAUCCUGUACUCUGUACGUAGACGAAGUUGAUUUGCAGUUUUGCCCCCUCAAGGGGUAGAGAAAUGGGCUAUAGGCCUGUGAAGUGUUUAGUGCUUUGCUGUCAUACGGUUCUGAGAAGAAGCAGUUUAAUUCAAUGAGUUAAGAAAUGCAUCAGUCAUUUUGGACAGCUUGGAUUUAGAAUCAUUUUGAGUACUCUCUCCAUCCUAAAAUUGCUGUAAAGCCUUUAAGCAACUCCUGAAUCCGGUAAUCAGCCUUUGAGAAGAAUGAAAGCCAUAGAUAAACCUACUUUUGUGGCAUAAAUCUACAUGUUAUUGUCUAUGUUUAAUGCCCUGUAUUAAUUGAGUUAAUGCUGCAUCUUAAACUAUAUUUUCAGUACCAAAGACUUCUAGAUAUUCUGGAGUGUUUAUUUCAUGUGCUUCUUUUGCUUGUAUGGAGGUUUUGUUGUCAUCCAAUGCUGGUGUUACAGUACUUUAAUUUGUAAUAUUUUGUAAAUAUGUUAAAUAUAAUAAACUGGUCAAUUUGUUUUUGA